AUGGACCAAUCGGCCCGCUCGAUCAUCGAGAGUAUCAAAGGCGAGAUGAAGAAUUUCGAGAAGCGAAAAGGGGGUCAAGAUCGCCGAGCGAGAUGUCGUUUAACGAUCCUGGAUCGUUUUUAUGAUGAAGUGUCUGACCCAAGCGAGCUCCUUUCUUUGCCAAAUCUGACUACGGAAUUUCUCGAGAGUCAACUCGGCGACCGGGAACAGGAAAAUGAUGAGAGAUGGUUGAAAUGGGUGGCAAGAUACGGUCUCAUCGGGAACACGCAAAUCUGCGGCGGUUGCAGCGAGAAUUUGACGCUUGUCAGGGACGCGCGGAUCGACAAUUUCACGUGGCGCUGUUCGGCAUGUCGCUUGAGAGACAAAAGUCAAGGGAGUGCAACGGGGAACACCCGAUCGCUAAGACACGAUUCGUUCUUCGCGGAUGCCAAGCAAAAAUUUGCGAAUAUCCUUUUGUUGUUGGCGAGAUGGUGCGAGAAUCCAAGAAGCUGCCGGACCGAGCUCGGCAAAGCGUUCAACAUCAAUCAUUUCACGGUGCUCGACUGGCACACAAGAUUCGCCUUUGUUGCAAAGAUGUCGUACUUCAGGACAAAAGCAACGAAUUUUAAUAGAUCAGGGAAAGAUAUACGGCUUGUCGAGGUGAAAAACGAGGUGCAAGACGAUGCCGGGACAUUGAGCGAACAACUCGACGUGACUGAGCUGAUCGGUGGUGGGAAAAAUCUCGAACCGAAAAAUGAGCCCCUAGCUCCACAAAAGCCGACAGUUGCUGUGAGGCGUCCGAUCACGAACAAAACAAAGUCCCGUCCAAAAAGCGAUCUCCCAGAGGAGGUUUUAGAUAUCUAUUUAGAAAACAUCUUUCAGCUACGGGAAAUCUACCAAGUAAAGGAUGUUCUAUUGGAAACUUUUGUUUACGACUACAUGUUGAGAAAGCAUUGUAAUCACGAAAAGGUCAUGAACAAUUUCCUCUUCGAAAUCACUCAAUGCUACGAGGUCGAGAGGCGACUCAUUGAGCAAAAACCCGUGCAACCGGUGAAAAGGAAGAGGAAAACCACUGAGGAUUUGGAGACGGAGAAAUACCUCAAGAAUAUGGAUCUCCCGUUCGCGGAAUUCGCCACCCCGGUUGCAACGAGUUCGGGCAAGAAAAUCUCAAAGGAACAACGGGCAAGACUUUUGUUCAAAGACCCAAUUGAGCCAGAAAUCCAGCCAGAACAAGCCCCAAUCCUCGAUUUGACCCAAUUUUUCACCGAUGAAAAAGCCAAUGUUUUAACCUUUUCAAUGAAACGUGAACCUGGCACUAGU